AACCGGAAACAUAUCUCGAUAUUUAUUAUUAUUUCUUUACAUCAAUGAAUCCGUUGCAGGUAACGUUCAUCCGUGUUGACGAAAACUGGACUUGGUCUUCCUGGACGACGGACGUCCAGACCUAAGAGAAUCCGUAGUAGCUAACUUGUUAAGUUCUAAUGAUAUUAUGAUAUUGAUAUGUCUAUGUUGCAUAUCAUUCUAGGCGGGUAGGCUAGGUAGCAGUGAGGCGGUGGUGGUGCGGUAUCUUAUCGCGGCAAGGACGAGCGUAAUCACAAUCAGAGUUGAGGCUCUUCGGGUUCACGCCGACUAUCAUGACGCCUUCUUGGAAUCAGUCUUCGAUAAAAUUAUUGUUACCUUUAUUGUUGACUUUACCAUUACCCUGUGUUAUAUACUUCUGAAAAUCUAUAUUUUUUAAAUUGUAAAUAAGAUAUCGAUGUGGGUCUAAUAGAGGCAUAUGUAAACAGAUGAACUGUUUACAUAUCAGUCACAUGUGCACAACUCUUUCCAAACAUGUCCUAUUAAUCUUUUGUGCGUCGACGGCACCCAUCAGUGUCUCUCAUUCUGCCAUUGUUUUUAACAAUUACUAUUUUUUGCAGUUCGUAGUUUGUGUAUAAAUCAUAACAAUUGUUGUGGGCAGGCCUGCGUUGUGGUACGUAAUCCAUGUCUCAAAACAAAGGGUCGGCAGGGCGCGAGCGUCAGCUCGUUAGGGAUGUUUGUUGUUGUAGGAGGCGCUGCGGGACGCCCGCGAUGCGCUCUCACAACACAACUUUUUUCGCCACGUGAUACUUGGAAACGAGAGAAACUGCUCCCGCACAGAUUUACUGCACCCUUACCACUAAUACGAUAAAAUUUAUUGGUUCCCGGGAGACGAUAACUUGCGCGAGUCGAGUCACGGACAUGUUUAUAGACCGCUCUGCAGCGCUUCAUGGAAACAUCGCAAAACACAGAACCGAUGACAGAUAUUAAGAAUACAACUACAUACUAACUCAUACUGCGAACCCCAUUAGGUAUUUUGAAGUUGCAUGUAAUAUUAUUCUAAAUUAAAUAACUCCCUACUUAUUUAUUAAAUAAAAUAUGUAUACCUGUGUAUAAGUUUUUAAUAGAAAAAAAUGUAACUGCUGAGCGAGAAACAAGAAACAGCAAAUGUAAGGUUAAAUGUUUUUUUAAGAAUACCGAUUAUUAUCAUUAGUUAGGUACAUAAUAUUUUGAAUAAUUGACUAAACUGUUUGGAGCGAAAUAGGUAACGCCAGGGGAGCAUUUUUGCCGAGUACGGGAUAGACCCUAUAGGUGGUGUAGGUCGGUGUCGUGCGACCGAGCGAUAACGCGCAGUACAGCGCGCACGUGCUGAUAUCGCUUAUCAGCGCUAGUGAGCGAUCAGCUGAGCGCUUCCGCUAUCCCUGCCAGCGCUCCGACUCCACCAAUUCUCUUAUCUGUGAUACAACUUAUAUAGAUACAUUUCCGUUUUAUUCCAUAGCAGUUUCUUACAAAGCUAAAAGUGUCCAUUAAUACUUAAUAUGAUAGGUACGAGUAACAGGCGAAAUUAUCAUCAUAGGAUUUUAUUUUUAGUUAAUUUCUUCUAUUAACUGUUAUUAAUAUGUACGUAAAGUAGUAACAUACCUGCCUAUGUAAAUAAACUCCAGUAAGUUUCAAUUCAGUCACAACAUUACCUAACCCGUAGAUUAAUAAGCGCAGAAAUAUUUUUGCAACAAUUUUAAUGAGUUUCACAUAUGUCGUUUUAAAUCUACUACUAUACUAAUGCCGACAGUUUCUUUCAUUCUCAUUAAAACAGCAGCAGGUAGUACAAUUUCAAAUUUUUCAAUUUAAUAUAAGUCGGAAGUGGACUGUUAUGUCAUUUAUGAAGUACAUAACGAUUGAAUGUACGGUAAGCGUGGCCUAAGGGAGUGUAGGCAGGUUUUCUGCCCUCCCUUCCAGGGUAUAUACAAGGGGCGGGUCUACCUAACUCGCCGCGCCCGCCGACCCGCAAACAUCGCCACCGCCGGGGCGCCAGUCCACACGCGAACGUUGCCGUGACCGCACGCGCACGACAGAGAUCAGCGCAACAACGCGAGGGUACUUAGUGAGUAGUGAGCAUGUUACACGACGCCUGGCCCUCCGCCUGGCACCGCGCCGAGACCUUCGAGCUGGACGCGUUCAUCGCUGAAGUCAACAAUAAUUGCCUGAAAGAGGGCGAGGCGGAGUGCGGCGCGGGCGACGCGGAGAGCCCGCCCCCCCUGUCUUUCGGCUACGCCCCCGGCGGCGGUGGCCUGUCGCCGUCCCACUCGCGCAGCUACCAGGAGUUGCGGCCUGCGCACGCGCAUACGACACACGCGCGCGAUAUGCAGACAUACGCACACCUCGAAGAAGCGCUGUUCAAGCCGUCGGCGGGGUUGCCAUCAACCGGAGGCUCCACGGAUGGCGCAUACUUGCGCGGGCGCAGCCCAGAGCUGAGCCCUUCGCCAGAACGCCGCGAGGAUUACCGUACACUACACUACGAGCCCUACGCCCCUGCUCCACCUCCGCCGCCCUACACGCACGAUCACCAUCAUCACGUGGAUGGCGGAGGCGGUGGAGGCGCUGCGUAUACGCGUUGCGCGUACCCGACCGCCGGCUCGCCUUACUUCGGCAACGGCGCCGACCUAACGCAGCCGCAGAUAUGGACCUCGGCCGCAGGAGGAUCACCGAACUACGGUACUGCUAGUGGUACUGGCUCAGUGCUUGGUGAAGAAUACGGUGAGACAGGCGAGGCCGGCGAGGGCGGAGGCGCGGGAAGCGGGGGCGCUCUACCCGCCUUCAGCGCUCGCUUCGGUGGCGCCUUCGCCAGUGCCACCUCCAGGCCGUCUACUGUAUACGGCACCACCUCGCUGGCUACGAACGCUUAUGCACAACCCGAGGUCUGGAGUCUAGACGGCAGCCGACGGCCGCAGCUCUCCGCCGCCGCCAGCCUCUCAGCCAUCGAUAUGGCGGAGUUUUUCACGGAGGGUCGCGAGUGCGUGAACUGCGGGGCCAUCCACACGCCGCUGUGGCGGCGCGACGGCACCGGCCACUACCUGUGCAACGCGUGCGGCCUGUACAACAAGAUGAACGGCAUGAACCGACCGCUCAAGCAGCCGCGGCGGCUGGUACGUCAGCGGCACGCGGCGCACGCGCUGGCGCCCGCUCCCGACAUGGGCACGAAGCGGCCGGGUAUGUCUUGCAGCAACUGUCACACGACCACCACCUCGCUGUGGCGACGCAAUGCGCACGGCGAGACCGUUUGCAACGCCUGCGGCCUGUACUACAAGCUUCACAACAUCAACCGUCCGCUCGCUAUGAAGAAAGACUCCAUACAGACGAGGAAGCGAAAACCUAAGAACAGUAUGAAGGCGGAGAGAAGUUUGAGUAAAAGUUUAGUGAACGCGGCGCACGCGGCGCACUCGGCGCACAACACGCACUCAGCCGGACCCGCUGUUAAAAUCGAGAAUCUACUAGAGGGCGGCGCGAAUGGCGGCGCGGGCUCGGGCGGCACGCGCUCCCCGCUGACGCUCGGCUUCUACGUGCAGCAACACGCAGCCGCCGUCAAGCUGGAGGAGCCGCCGCCCGCGCACGCGCACCAGCACGCGCACCAGGUGCACCACCCGCACCAGGCACACCACGCGCACCACGGGCAGUCCUUCUACGACGAGACGGAGUACCGGCGCGCGGAGCCGCAGGAGCGCCUCGAACGCCCGACCGUCGUGUCGCUGGGCAGCUGAGCGCCGUACGCGUCUCUCAUAAUAAUCUCAGCCCCGCGACCGGCCGUCGCGAGCGAAAUAAUAAUAAGAAUCUCAGUCGUUUAAGCUUAGUUAAUCGUAGAGUAGCGGACGUGAGCCGAGGAGUCUUCGCUAGUUGACCAAAUAGAGCGCGCGCGGCCGGACGCGCGACCCGGAGGCCGGGCUCGGGCCGAAGCCGAGAUCCGUGCUCUAUCCGAAUUUGAGUAGUUUUAUGAUAGAAUUUUAUAUAUUAAAAUAUAUAUGUUAGAGAGGAGUCUAUGAGUACGAGCAUUUAUAGAAAAUUAUUUAAAUAUUUACAAUGACUUUUUAAUAUAGACCAGUACUAACUAAGUCUAACGUUCGAGAUAAGUGACACGGAUGUGGAUGACGAUCCAACUCGGGAGUUAAGAUAGGAACAAACCGUUCGGAAUGUGUCACUGCUCACAUAGAACAUUACUAGACCUAAACGGAUGUUUAUUAGAAUCUCUCUGAAAUAUUUAAUAUACCUUUAUAAUAAGUACGCAGAUAAUGAAACUCCACGAGUCCCUGCGACGAGCUCUCCGCCGUCGCCGCGCGCAGACGGCGUGUUCUGUUACCAAAUAAUUAUUAUACCUAUGUUUAAAUACUAUAAGACUGUGCUUAGGCAUUCCUAAAGUGUUGCAUUCCUAAAUAGAUAUAUCGCGAUAGUUACUUCAUGUAAUGUUAUACAAGUUGUUAAAGGGCACCGCUGAGGCCGCUCGUGCGAAACAAAAUCUACAUUAUGUUCGAUAUUAUUGUGUGUUAAUUUUAUUAUAUUUUUUAUUUAACUCCAUGACUUCAGAAAGCAUUCCACGAAUUUAUAAAUGUAAUAAGACUUUAUAUUAAGAUAUGCGUCUAUGAGGCUAUAAGAAAAUAAGCAGCAAAUAGCGUUCGAAGCAUCUCGCGUCACCUCGUCAUCUCAUCGCCAACUCGCCUCCGAUAUAUCUGUCUUGACAACCACAAGUUGUUACAUCCCGAGAUUUGAUAAGAGUCGGCAGUAAUCACUCGGCGGUCCUGUACGGGCUUGCUUCAUUCCAAUCGCUUGCCGGUACCUUCAGAAGUGCGAGUGCGUUCAGUUUUAUUAUUUUUAAUAUAUAGUUAUUAGAGUACCGGCGAAUAUUGAUGGCAAUAAAGACCACGACGGCAGGCGAACUUCUUGCUAUACUUCUGCUUUUCAACAAUUGGCAUAAUAUCUUAAACAUUACAAGAAAUAUUUUAAGUAACGUAAGAAAAUCGCUUCGUUGUUUAACUACAAGUUCGUAAUGUUGCGAAGCCGAUGCUACAACUUUUGUACAUAACAAAUAUAUCUAAAUAUAUAAAUAGAUUAAUAUAAUAUUACUUUUAUGAGACAUGAAAAUCUCCAAUUACCUACUGUUAUUUUUAGUCACAAAAUUAUAAUAAAUAUUUUUAUACUGACUAAUAAAAUUUACGAAUUAAAAUGAAUUUAGUAAUCUUGUUGCUCACCGGAGGCGACCGGAACUGUUCCGGGCGCCUCGCAUGGUAUAUAGAUAUAGAUACAAAGAUACACAUAGCGUGAUGUUUAUUAUUAUUUAUGUACGAUAGUCCCGCGACAGCGAUGCGCUGCUUGCGGUCAGCAAUUACAUUUCAUGUAAAUAUAAUAUAAGCAAUGAAAGUACACUUUGAAUAAAGCGAAUUAUUAAUUAA